CUCAAAUCAAAUAGAAACUUGAUUUUAGAAAAUUUACAGGUUGUCAUUUUCAGAAAAUAUAAAUAGAACUUUAUCAGAGUAUUCACAUUGUGCAUGUUCUAGAUAGCAUUCGUACAUUGUCUUCCUUCUGAAAUUAAUAACGAAUAGAGAAUGGCUUACAAAAACAUACUUCAGUUUAAAUUAUAAUGACAAAAGUGCUGUACUGAAAAAAAACCGGACGUUAAUAUGCAAGAGGAUACUUUCAUACUCUCAGAAUAUCAGUGUUUCAAGGUCAAAAGACCCGCAACGUUGAUAAGGGCGUAAUGUCAUCGUCUAAUCAACGGGCUAUAUACAGUCGAACUGGCAUAAUUAACCCUCGCAGUGGCAUAGGAACAUCUACUGAUGGCAGUGCAGCAACAGAUAACAGAUCGCAAGCGGAUGACCGUGGUCAUCAAGACAGGCGCCCAGGUAGAAUGGGCACUCGGGAUGAAAACAUAUUAAUGGGACAUGGAGAAAAUAUCGAUGCUGAAGAUGAAAUAUUUGAGGGGCGGCAGUUACAUAUCAACUGUAAGCCGAAGAAUCUGUUAACAAGACUUUCACCGCCUCCUGAACAUCAUGAACCUUUCGAACGUGACGCUUGGAGAUACCAAAAUGACAGCUUUUUCGAAGGGCGAAGUCGUUUCGAGAAGUGGCGAGGAGGACGCGUCCACAGAGGGGGUCGUCCAUGGAAUCGGAGAGGUUUCCGAUCGAGAAGUCCUCUUAGUAGAAAUCGAGCAACUGACAGAUUGCCUGAGAACGUGGACACAAUAAAAGAAAUAUUAAUAGGGCUUAAAAAGAAAGACAGUCCUGAUAUAAUAAUCGCCCUACGCAAUAGCGACAUCAUCCGUAAAUACAUGGAAUUUGCGCAGAUAAGCUCAGAUAUUGCCAAAGAUCUUCUUUAUAUUGUGGCAAAAGGGUUGAUGUCCACAACUGUACCGGCUUUGGCAAAGAAACUUGUUAAAAUAGUUGAGGAAGAGGAUUUGAUCAGAACGCUUAUGCAAACAGAGUCUUGCACGUUACCCAACAAAGCAAAGAUGAUUUACUAUGUACACGUUUUGUUACGUCGUAUAAGUAAAAUUACGCCUUCAAAUAAACAAUAUAUAGAUCGGCAGAUGCAACAAACAAACACUUUUAUUGCGGAAUUGAAUCAAAAUGAACAACAAAUUGCCGUCUUAGAGUUAUUACAUAAAGUUGAUGAAAUUAAACUGUAUUUAUCAAAGUUUAUAGCUGGUGACAUAACGGACGAUUUCAGUCAAAUGAAAAUAUUCCCAACAACGUGUGAUAUUGAAAAUGACCCUUUUGAGGGUUUAUGUAAAAACAAGAUAACAAGCUCAUACACAAAUGAAUUUGAAUACCUGGAAACGCACUUCAAACUGAUGCGUGCUGAUUGUUUUAUUCCUCUGAGAAAUGGAAUUUUAGAGAUGAGGAAAAUAGGAGGAAACACUAGACCUCAGAGACUUGAUGAUGCUUUCAUCUACUACAAUGUUAAAAUUAUCGCUCCCUGUUUAGCAAAUGGCAUUGGUUAUGAACUUGUCUUUGACACCAGCCGUUCGAGAGCAAAAAGAGUUCGCUUAAAAUAUGGUUCCUUAGUUGCCUUGUCCGCGGACAAUUUUCUGACAUAUCACUUUGCAACUGUGUUUGACAGUGAGAAUAAAGGUAAAGGUGAAAUUCAAGUGAAAUUUGAAUUCACUCAAAGCGCUGAUAUAUAUGCGUUGUCAAAGAAUCCUCUGACUAUGAUGGAGCCAGCCAGUGGGUAUUUUGAAAGCUACAGACACGUUUUAAGCGUGCUUCAGGACUACGCAAAGGAGAAUAUUACGAUUCCACUAGGAGAUUACAUUGUAUACAACGCACCUGAAAUUUCUCCUCCAAAGUAUAUCCCAUCGAACGCAAAAUAUAAACUGCGAUUGGCUACAGCUGAUGAGGAACACAGUUUUGAAGAAAAUAGUGUUCAAUUCCGCAAUGAAACGAAUUGUGAGUCACCUACCUCUUCAGCUGGUUCCGAAUCUUGCGAGAAAUUAACAAACGUGAAAGAUGCAGACAUCAAAUACGUCUCAUCAAACGAAUCUGGUAGAGAAGAUAAAAGACAUUCAAAGCAAGCAAUAUGGUUCAAAGAUUUGUCCCUAAGUGACUCGUCAACUGAAAGGAAAGCAAUGUUUUGUGGCAAUGCUAGCACACUGACGGCGUUUAAUGCCAACGUUGACGUCUUUUCCCAAACGUUUCCUUCCGCAUCUGAUCUUGACAUGGAUGUAGAUCAGGGGAGAGCUUUUACAAAUGCCUUAACAAAGGAAUUGUCAAUAAUCCAAGGACCACCGGGAUGUGGAAAAACAUAUGUCGGACUAAAAAUUGCUGAAGUUCUACUUGAUAACAAUAACGACAAAACGAUAAUGGUUGUAUGCUAUACCAACCAUGCAUUAGACCAGUUUAUGCGUGAAAUCAUUGCUCAAAACCCUACAUCAAAUGUUGUAAGGAUUGGCGGAAGAAGUAAAGAUGAACAAAUACAAAACAUUACGUUAGCAAAGAAGAGAAAAAUGCGGCCAAACUUACCUGAUGACUUAUUUCAAACUAAAAGAGAGGCACGCAAUGACAAAAAUAACAUAAGGAUGAACUUGUGUGAAAAUAUGCUAAAAAGUAAGCUUAUCAAAGAAAGCAUCGUGCACCACAACGUUCUGAAGAAACAAAUAAGUUCAACUGAUUAUACCUGCUUCGAACAGAUCUCCUAUCACUAUGGAUACCCUGCAUUGCUGUGGUGGCUUUCAGAUGGUUCUUCUGAUUUAAGCCGGGUGUUCCUGUCUUCCGUUAGGGAAGAUGUUGGUAAACGUAUGUUGCCAGAAUGUGUUCGAAACAUAAUCAGGGACACAAUUAAAACAGAUGUGUUUAACCAAAUGGGUCUCGUAGAAUAUGCUCUUACAGAUAAAAUUGCAUUGCACAUUUCGGAGCUUGACACGCAUCCAGAACUUAGGUUAAAAUACUGCAGACACUUUCGGGGAGGUAAUGCUGCCAGUGAAUCAGGUUAUCCUGAUAUAUUUGAUCCAUCUUUUUCUCUUGCAGAACGUUGGAAGUUAUAUAGAGGAUGGGUGAAUGAUUACUGUAAACAAUUUGAGAACGAAAUAUUCAACAUCGCAGAGGAAUUUGAAGACCAAGUCAAGAGGGUUAGCGAAAUUUGCAUGCUGGUGGACAAACACAUUUUGGAAUCCGCUGACGUGAUAGGGGUGACGACAACAGGAGCCGCUAAAAAUUGGAAUCUUAUCAAGGAAAUUGGUCCAAAAAUAGUUAUUGCCGAAGAAGCAGCAGAAGUGUUUGAGUCUCAUUUAUUCAGCAGUUUAACCCCCUCUUGCCAACACCUUAUACUUAUAGGUGACCACAAACAACUGCGACCAAAUCCUGCUGUGUUCAGACUUGCUCGGGAAUACAAGUUGGAUAUAUCGCUCUUUGAAAGAAUGGUAAAAAACAAUUUUCCGUACGACGAAUUGCGAAGCCAGCACAGAAUGAGACCUGAAAUUGCCGACAUUAUGAGAAUCAAAGAUUUGUAUCCAGGUCUCAUUGAUGAUUCAUGCGUACUGUGCUACGAUCCAAUCAAGGGUGUAGAGGGCAACAUGUUCUUUCUUGACCAUAGGAACUACGAAGAGCAAGAUGCCCAUACAAGAAGUCAUAUUAAUAUGUUUGAAGCUAUGUUUCUGGUUGAGCUUUGUCAUUACCUACUUCUUCAAGGUUACGAAGACUCUCAGAUUACAAUUCUGUCAAUGUAUAAUGGGCAAAUGUUUAAAAUCAAACACUUACUGCAAGAGAGGCUUAAUCGCCGUUCUUUGAUAAGAGUAGAUAAUGUAGAUAAUUACCAAGGAGAAGAAAACGAUAUUAUUCUAUUGUCAUUGGUAAGAAGUAACGACAUUGGAAAGAAAGGAUUUGUCGGACAUCUUAAUAGAAUAUGCGUGUCAAUGUCCCGAGCAAAGAAAGGUCUUUUCAUCAUAGGCAACAAACGCACUCUCUGCAGUGGUCAGUCCAAAUGGCAAAGCAUUAUUGUGAAAAUGUGUAAAAUGAACGCGGUAAAUACGAACAUAACGUUGGUUUGUCAGAACCAUCCCGAACGAAAAGUUUAUGUAGAAAAUGUUGAAGACUUCAUGCAAUGUCCAGACGGUGGAUGCUAUGAGAAGUGUACAUUUGAAAUGAGUUGUGGACAUGUCUGUCCGAAACAUUGUCAUUCCUAUGACAGGAAACAUAACGGAAUAGUUUGCCGCCAGCGUUGCCAACGACAAUGUAUAAACGGACACUCGUGCAGAUUAGAAUGCAACGAAAGGUGUCCACCUUGUAUGGAAACUGUAGUGAAAACUUUAGAAUGUGGACACAAGUUGACUUUACCCUGUUAUAAAGACGAUGGUGAGUACAAAUGCACUGCAAUGUGCACAAGGCAAUUGCAACCAUGCGGCCAUACAUGUGCAAAGAAAUGCUAUGAAAGUUGUAGUCCAUGUGUAGAACGAAUACAAGUUUUGAACGAAAAAUGUCAGCAUAUAAACGAGGUUCAAUGCUUUCUUUCUAGUAAAAGUGACACCUGUAACUUUCCCUGCGAGAAGAAACUGAGUUGUGGUCACAUUUGUUUGAAAAAAUGUUCGGAUCCAUGCGAGCCUUGUACCAGCAAGGUAACAUACAAAAGGGAUACAUGCAGUCAUCUUGCUGAACGACAAUGCCAUCAACUAGAAAGUACCGACUCAUGUCAAAAGAUUUGCGACCUAAAGCUCGACUGUGGUCAUUUUUGCAAAAACACUUGUGUAACUACUGAUAAGCUAGCACGCAUAGCGACAUAUGGUUCAGUGUCAACAUGUGCAAAAGGUCACACUUCGUUAUGCAAAGAAAGGUGUUCGUACAAACUAGCAUGCGGACAUCAAUGCCAAGGAGAUUGCAAACGCUGUGAUAAAGGAAGAUGGCAUAUGAUGUGUGACCAAGAAUGCAAUGUUGAACUGUUAUGUUUUCACACUAAAAGAGCAACAUGUAACUCAUUCAGCUCAUUGAUGUUAUGCCAGAUAAACUGUGCUAAAAAGUGUCGACACACUGAUUGUAAACUUCGAUGUUGUGAAAGCUGCAAGGCGUGUGAACAUGACUGUGACUGGGGCUGUAAACAUUUGAAAUGUACUAAAAGAUGUGGUGAAAAUUGUGACAGAGAAAGAUGCAAUGACAUUUGUGAGAAAAUACUGGCUAAAUGUGGGCAUGACUGUACUGGGCUAUGUGGUGACCCAUGUCCGGACAUUUGCUUUGUUUGUGACAAAGAUGUUUUCCAGGAAGAAGACUUUGCUCAUAGAUUUGUUCAGUUACAUGACUGCGGUGAUAUCGUUAGGUCAAAGGAAAUGGAUAAUUAUAUGGAUACCAUAGAUGACUCAUGGUUCAAGGCGUGCCCCGUGUGCUCUAAGCCAGUUCAAACAACAAAUGCAAAUCGAUAUGAAAAGAUUGUUAAUGCACAAUGGAAAGCCUUUGAUAAAACCAAAACAAAUCAAACGUCUCGUACUUCAUGCGACGAAAUUUUAUUUGAACAUAUAGGGGAUACAAAGAGCUCUUUACCUUUAAAUAUGCAAAGGAUAAAGGACAUUACCAACAUAAACAAAAAUAGAUUAAAGAAGUGUCUGGAAACAAAUUGUGAUGUAGACACUUUACCGCUGCUUCAGAAACAUAUAGAUGGUCAUCCACUCACACAAGCUCUGUAUCAAGAAUUGGAAAGGGAAACUCAACGAUUUCUGCAUGCUGAUGCAUUGGUAACCAUCGUAAAUGAGGUCGACAGAUCCAACCUCCCUGACUUGCAAGAUAAACUUACCGUAGCCACUGAUAUUUUGGACGUACCAGGUCCUUACACCGAUGAGUUACAAGAUGCAUUUCAUACUUACGUCGAUGGAGAAUUUCCACAAAAUGUUGACAAAGCGAAGCUUAUGAGACUACGCUUUGAAUGGAAGCCGAUCGAAUUUGACAAUACUGAUGAAGCUGUUCAAACGUUGAAGGACGUAUUGAUUAAUGAAUGUACUCGAUUGGACAAUGACGUGCGUCUAUUAACACUUUUGAAAUGGGACGGAGGAAUCCAUUUUAAGAUCAAUGAGUCUCGAGAAGAGGCGGUUAAAGUUAAGGGUAUAUCCUUUAAAACAAUCCUUGAAAACAGACAAAAACGGCCGCCGGUGAGGACAGAUAUUACCCAAAAGAAAAGUUCAGGAUCGAAAUUGGUGAUACCUAAUACGAAUAGACAGCCAGAAGCCUCAUCCAGAGAGGGAAGAAGUACUCGAGACUCGAAGCGAACUGCAGCAACGAACAGAACGGGAAACUCCCAAAUACCAAGGCAUCAAUCGACCCACAAUGACCGAACUUUACAUGGUGCUUCAGGUUAUAAUAUAGACAGUAAAUGCAAUGGGAGAAAACGUGCUUUAGAAAACGAUUCCAGUUACCAUAACCAAGAUUCGAACUCUAAGCGUCCAAAAAGAGAAAACAGAAACAGUUCGUAUCAAAGACAAGGAACGAGUUCCAAUGGAAAACAUCAUCCUGAAAGCCCUCGACAUUCUGAAAGGGGUCAUGAACGCCGAGAAUCACAAAGCACAAUGCGUUUUGAAAGCAAAGCAUCAUCGAGAACGCAACAUUCAAAUAACGCGGACACUAGUGAAAACCGGUCAACGACUGGCGAUCUUCGUGAUAAACUCACAGGGAGAUCGUCCACAUCCGGCAAUGGUUCGACACAUUCCGGCCAAAACUCAUCCCAUUCGCCAGGCUCUAACGAGGAAAGGAACAGGAAAAGGAAAAGGAAAGGAGAUUUACGGGAGACAUUAAACAGAUUAAAGGCCUCGGGUGAAACUCGUAGUAUCACAGUGGAUGAUUUGAGUAUACCAGUUAAUGCUUAUCUAAGCGCCCAAGAACGAACUGAUAAUAAUCACGACAACGUAGAGUUGGAAGACCGUCGACAAGUGAGGAGAGGAAUUACUUCAGGCGGGCGAACGGCAGUGUAUACAGAUUCAAGAAGACCUAUUACUGAUUAUUCUGAUCUUGAAUGCGAAGAAACGCAAUGAAGGUCAUCCAAUUGCUAGUUUAUAGUUUGCCGACUAGACUUGUGGAUGUUUAAAUGACAAUAUUAUUUUUAUCGUUGAGUACAGAAACAAACCCUUACUGACAAAUAAUGCACGUACACGCUUAAAGUACUUAAUCAUGAAUAUACUAACGACGUUAAACGUCAGUUUGUAAUAGCAGAUGUAACCAAAACUACUCGACAAGAGAACUUGAGCGGUUUUUUUUUUGCCAUAUGCUGAUUUUUGCAGUGAUUUAUCCUCCGUAAAAUCUAAUAAUAGGUUAGAUUCUAUAUAUCUAAGAGUAUAAACAAGAACUCUUUGUCCUUAACGAUUUCUAAUGAUAUUUAUGUUUGUGUACUGUUCUUGGUUAUCGACACUUUACAACUUGUUUUUAUCAGAGAUUUCUGUUGACCAGUUAUCGGUCCGGUUUGAUUGAUUAUUAACAAUAUCUUAGCUUGAACGAUCAUUUCUAAGGUUUUCAUAAAUAAUUCGCUAUUGAUAAAUCGUCAGGGUUUUUUUGCAAGAUAUUUGGGCGUAUUUUAAUUCCAUUAUCAUAUUUGCCGGUUUUUACAAAUAUAGUAGUAACUACUCGUGUUUGUUAUAAAAUUAUAAAUGAAUAUACAUUGUAGUGUGUUAUUCAUGUUCUAUUUUUGAUUUUUUAAGCAAAAUGAUGUUUGUGACUCAAGAUAUGUCUUUAAUGUAUUCUAAUUGUAUUAAUAUGAUCGCUAAUUUCUAUAUUUUGAUAACGCUAUUUCGAUACAAAAGCAAAAUAGUUGAAAAUGAAAUUCUGCUAUACAGAUUGAAGAAAGUAUUGUUUAGAAUUUUACGGUGCUAGAUGAUAUGACAAAUGCUUUUAAAGCUGCACUCUCACAUAUUUACCAUUUUUACAAGUUUUUUUGGUCUUGGGUGAGCAAAUGUUUGCGUAUAUAUAUCUGCAAACCAAUGAUAUAAGACUGCUGACAAAAGGUCAGAUCGUAGAUUUUCAUAUUUCCGCUCGAAAAUUAAUGUUUUAUGGCUUAAACCGUUACUAACGAUUUAAGAAAAAUGCAUAAUACAUCAAUGUUUAAACUUAAAUAUAAAAAUAUCUGCGAUCUACUCUUGUCAGCAGUCUUAUAUGACUGGUUUCCAUGGAUUUUCGCAAAAAUUGGCUCGUUCCAUUACCAAAAACAAGUUGUCAAAACGUUCCAUCUGUGAGAGUGCAGCUUUUAGGGGUAUCCGCUGUAUAGUUACGAGACUUUGAAUACCUGCCGACCUCAUGUUACUUCGGUGUCAUUAAUUAUCACAAUUUUUUGGCCUGAAAUAUUAAAAACAGGUCAUCGCUUGAAAUAAAUACAAACAUUAAAAAUGUAAACUGCUAUAUCAAAAAAAAGAAUACACAAAUUAAUUUGACCAUCUGGACAUCAUAAUCUAACGUAACGGCCAAAUACGAAAACGAAAAAUAUACCAUUUGUACACCGGGUACCUUGAAUUGAUAUCGAAUUUCCAGUGGCUGUUUCCAAUCAGCUGAUUCAUUUUAAAUCGUAUUGAUUUAAUGCUAAAACCUCCUCCCAGAAUUGUAGAUAAAUUCCGUGAGAUUCCAUUCCAAUAACCUUGCCAGACAGAUCUGAUAGACAUAUAGAAGCGCUUACUGUCGAAAACUAAACCGUUUCUUGGUGAAACCAAACGUUUCUUGGUUCUAUUUGUAAAAUGUAUAUAGUAUUUAAUUUGUUUUAAAUGAUUGUUGAUCAGUGUGACGUAUUAGUAUCAUGAAAUAAUGGUUACAUACAAUCUCAUUAAAAUCAUAUCGUGACGUUCACUUCAUUUCAUUACGUUAUGUUACAUAGCGUAACGUCGUGAAGCGUGUAUUGGGGAUCUGAUUUUAAUGAGAUUGGGUUACAUAUUGAGUUGAGCUAUUGUAUUAAUUUUACGCUUAUUAUUAUUACAGUGAAUUAGUAUCAAUGUUCUUUGAAUGUGAGUAGUUCUGUCUGAGAAAAACAUUUUGCUAAUAUUUGAAUGCUUUAUUUCAAAAUAAAACAUGCAACUUUGUUAUGCUGCUUUUUUUGCUUAAAAGUCCAUAUUAAACUGUUAUGUAAUGUUUGUGGAACAGCCAUAGAAACAUAUAUCACACUCAUCAACACUAUGAAAUUUUGUUACUAAUAUUCAUGU